AUGCCUAGGAAAUACGAUCGGCCGUCGUACACCCUUAGCACCUUUAUUCCUCGUCAAACACUAGACUUUUACAUCGCUCUUCGCGCUCUCAAUGUUUCCCUGUCAUUGAUACCUGAUUCUACAUCCAAUCCAACGAUUGGCCUGAUGCGUCUGCAGUUUUGGCGGGACACUAUCACACGGACGCUCGCCGGAACUCCGCCAAAAGAACCUAUUGCCAUACUGCUAGCCAAUGCACUGUCUGAGCUUGAUGCUAGAACAAAAGGAAAAUCCCGGAUAAGCAAAGGAUGGUUGAUGCGAUUGAUAAGUGCUCGGGAACAACCUUUAACCAAUACCUCGUAUACAAGCAUCACAGCCUUGGAGCAAUACGCUGAAAAUACUCAUUCAACCCUUUUAUACCUGACGCUCAGUGCCCUCCCUCUCACAUCUUUAACAGUUGACCAUUUGGCAUCCCACAUUGGAAAGGCAGCUGGAAUUGUCACCGUUCUUAGGGGCUUACCUUUGGUCGCCUUCCCCCCGCCUCCAAACCAUCACUCUAAUCAAGAUUCGCUCGGGGCCGGAGGCGGCUCCCGCCAGGGGCAUAUCACCUUACCACUCGACGUGAUGGCGCAGACAGGACUCAAAGAAGAGGACGUCUUCCGGCAAGGUGCGGACGCACCCGGGCUUCGCGAUGCUGUCUUCACAGUAGCGACACGCGCUAGUGAUCAUCUGAUUACCGCACGACAGAUGUUGAAAAAUCUUCGCGCGGGAAAGGAUGUGGGGCACGACUUCGAGCACGAAGGGGAGGAGGGCCACGAGUAUUAUCAAAACCAGGCCGAAUCCGGUGACUCCGCUUCAAAACAGUCGAAUUUCGCGGUGCAACUUCAAGAAGUCGAGCGGGGGUUUGGAAUACUGAUGCCUGCAUUGCCCACGAAACUUUGGCUAGAUAAGCUGCAAAAGGUCGAUUUUGAUAUUUUCAACUCGGAAUUGCUCUCCACGGAUUGGAAAAUGCCUUGGAAGGCGUAUUGGGCCUUUCAGCGAAAGGUAUUUUGA